AAGAAGAAGAAGACUUUUGAUUAAUAUAAAUGAUGGAUAAAUUUUCAUUGGAAAGUUUAACACCUCGCAUCGUCCAGAGCGAUGGCUGUGGCAUUAAAGAAAUGGAUGAGGAUUAUUUCCACUGCUCUUUGAUUGCAAACGAGUGGAAAGUUCACAUUGAAGACAAAUGUGAAUGGGCCGAUUGGAAGAAUCACUACUGCAGGAUAGGGAAGUUUGCCAAACUUACCCUUACCGAUUAUGAAGAAGAAGGAGUUUUAAGUGACAGGAUUGUUGCUUGUUGCCUUUCAUACCCCGAUUAUUCUCCUGAGUUUAGACAAUUUGCUUUGAGCAAAUGUGACCUUUCUAAUUUACAGAUUCUCGUGGAUAUAGAUAUUAUAAAGUAUCAUCAUUAUUUGCAAUAUUUAGAUAUCUCCAAUAACAAAAUAGAGGAUUUAUCACCAUUGAGCCAGUUGCCGUUUUUGAUGUACUUGGACGCUUCCCACAAUCAUAUAACAAAGUUAUUGAACUUCAAGCCGCCCUUUAAUUUAACCUACGCCAAUUUUUCCUUCAAUAAUAUUACUAUAAUACCUGAUUUGUCCCAAUUUUGGUCGUUGAAAAUAUUAAUUGUUAACCACAAUAAAAUUCGUGUCAUUAACGGAGUAUCAGAGCUGAGAUAUCUGAGAAUACUAGACUUAUCCUUUAACAAAAUUUCUAGAAUCAGCAAUGUAGAAAAUAUGAGACUAAGCGAGUUACACCUCCAACACAACGAAAUAAAUAGUUUCGAAACAUUAGACAACUGGAAUUUGAAAACGUUGAAGUUCAUCCGCGUAAUAAACGUUGCACGCAACAGAUUAACAACUUUAGAAUUCAUCGCCCGUGUCGAGAACAUAGAAGUACUGAACGCGUCCAAUAACAAAAUUGAACGACUGCUUGAACUCUCCCAUUUAGACAAUCUUAGAUAUCUCGUUAAACUAAACCUGGAUGGCAAUCCAAUCGCGCGCAGUAAACAUUACUUCAGCCUCUGCGUACAUUACCUCCCACGCUUGCAUAUUUUGGACGGAGAAGAGCUGACGGCCCAGGCAAAGGAGGCGGCUACAACUACAAUGAAUAGAGAACUGCAUGUUAGUAUUAAAAGAGCGAAUCUGUUGAUACUCCAGAACCUGAACCUGACCGAUAUUAUGCCUUUGUCUCAACCCGGCGACACCUUCAUAAGAUCUAUUUUGGUUUUGGUCGGUCUACCAGGCUCUGGUAUCAAGAAAUUGAUCAGAGAGAUGUGCAAAAAGUGUAGACAUUUGGUGAAGGGCGUGUGCUACACUACCAGGAAAAGAUGCAAGGACGAUGAGGAGGGCUUUGAUUAUUACUUUAUCAGUAACGAGGAGUUCACGGAAAAGUUAAGCAGGGGCGAGUUCUUGACUGUUGCCAAAAUGCCUGGCGGUCGAUAUUACGGAACUCCUAGAAGCGAAUUGACCAAAGGCGCGGAUAAAGUUUUGCUGUUUUAUAUGAGUUUUGAAGCUGCUUUGAUGUUAAAAGUUAGAGGUUAUAGCCCAAAAAUAAUAUUUUGCAUGCCUAAAUCAGAAGAUACUCAUCUGGCGUGGCUGAAACAGAAAUACUACUAUUACUAUGACGAGACUGAUCAAGACGUUCAUAUAAUUUACAGUCCGGAAUCUGUGGAAGAGGCGUUGCGCAAUUAUAAGGAAAUGGAACGUGUGAAUUGUGCUAAAGAAAUUUAUGGAUUUCUUCAGGAUAUAAUCAACGAAGUCGCUAAGGAUGAUGAUGGAUCAUGCGGAGCUGAUUGGGAUUCUAAUGAUUUUUUCGAUUGGUGUCCAAGUUUCAAAGUUAUAUCUUCAUCAAGGUUUAAUUUGGGAAAAACUACCAGCAUGUUUGUUCUUGAUAAUCUAAGCAGCAGUAACUUUAGAUUAAUUUCGAGUUCUACAGAAAACUUGAACAGAUCUCAUACAGUAACAAUUCAAGAAAAUACUCCUGAACCAAGAGCAGAAAGAUCUGCUUCUAAAACUGGUGUUACUUCUUCUAGUCGAGCUCAUUUGCAAAGUGCAAGCGUAUACGUUGAUGCGAGAAAGAGCGUUCUACUGAGUGUUCUCAGUGACUACUUCUAUGUUUCGUUUGAAGGUAAUAAACCGAUAAAGGACAAUAUCACGAUGAAAAUGUGUCAUGCAUUAAAAACAAAAGCAAUGCUGUUCUUUAAUAAUGUGCUGAAGGAACGACAAAGACUUUUAGACUUUCACUGUUCUCACGUCGGCAUUUUUCAAGAGAUGGUUUUUUCCGAUGAUAUACCAAAUGCAAUAAAGACUUUGACUAACUUUCUGAAGAGAGUGAUUGAGUACCAUCCUCGCCAAGUUUUAAGUUUUGAUAAUGAUCAAACACAUGAAAAUUUUAUUAAAGCUAGAUUUCAAAACGUGGGUAGAGAAAUUGAACACCAUUUGUCAACUGACGAGAAGCAAACAUACAAGAAGGAGACUAUUCUUUACAAAGGGAAUCAUUCACAAAAAUGUUUGAUGAAACAAGAUUUGUUAAACAAUCAGUAAUAUUAUUGUAUAUUUAUAUAGAAUUUAUUGUAUAUUUGGCGAAAGGUUAAAUAAAUAACUAGGAACUUG